GAUAUACACAUGGACUUACAUUAUUUUGAGUACUUAAUGUGUGCAAGCAUCUGGCAAUACCUCCUAUACCUAUAUAGCUCCAACGGAACCUUGACUGCGAAUCUGCAGGGCCAAGUUUGCGAUAUUAAUAGAAGUCUGUCGUGUAGAAAAUGACGGGUCACAAAGUAACGUCGGAGGUUUUGGUGGAAAGGGACGCUGACAGGUCGCGCAAAGUGGACAGCACCGACGGGAGCAGCAGUAACAACGCGGUGUCGGCGUUUCUCUUCGAGUAUCCGGCGCACAUGCGUAAGAGCCGCUCGGAAAACGGGCCUCUGGAGUACGACGAGGACGGCGACUUGGUUCUGGAGCGCAACAAAAAGGGCACUAUUUUAAUCGAGCACAGCAUUUCUACCGAGUUGAAGUUGGUCGGCUUGCAAAUUUGGCGCGGGGCGCUUUUACUCGGCGACUACAUUAUCUCGCAUCCACAAGUGUUCCGGGACAAGGUGGUGCUCGAGUUGGGCUCCGGGGUUGGGUUCGACAGUAUUAUAGCCAGUGCGUUUGCCAAGGAAGUCGUUUGUACAGAUGUUGACAUCGGAGGGAUACUCAAGUUGAUUGAAAAAAACUUUGAGAGGAACAGGCAACUCGUCAAUGCCAAAGUUACGGUGACGGAGCUUAAUUUUUUGGACCCAAACUGGAAUGCAACGUUGAAGACAAAAAUCGGCAAAGUCGACGUCAUCAUGGCAGCUGACGUUAUAUACGACGACAAGAUAACGGAUGGAUUUGUCAAGAGUCUGGCGAGGCUGCUGGAUUUGUCAGGUGGUUGCCAAACUUACGUCGCCUUGGAGAAGCGCUACGUGUUUACGAUAUCCGAUUUGGAUUCCGUAGCGCCAAUGUACGAGGAAUUUCUGCGCUGCAUCGAGCGCCACAAGUUGAACUGGUCGAUACAGGAAGUCAAGUUAGACUUUCCCCAGUACUUUGACUACGAAAGGCUCAGUCAGAUGAUCUUAAUGAAGAUCGAGAAGUGUUGAGCAAAGUAUCGUUCAUCCGAAUAAGUGUAAUGUGUGAUCAUUUUUUUUUUUUUUUUUUUUUUU